AUGUACAAGGCGAAAUCGCCUGUGAUGCAAGUUGACCACAAGACGUUUGAUGAGAAGAUUCUCAAUUCGAAUCAUGUAUCGCUCGUAGAGUUUUACGCUCCUUGGUGUGGAUAUUGCAAAAAGUUGAAGUCGAUUUAUGAGAAGACUGCAAAGGCUCUGGAUGGACUGGCCAAUGUCGCCGCGGUCAACUGUGACGAGGAUGCGAAUAAACCGCUGUGCAGCCAGAUGGGAGUUCAGGGAUUCCCAACCCUGAAGAUCGUGGUGCCCUCCAAGACUCCCGGAAAGCCUCGCAUCGAGGAUUACAAUGGAGCGCGAAGCACGAAGCUCUUCGUCGACGCGGUCACCGACAAGAUUCCGAACCACUCCAAGAAACUCACUGAUUCGACAGCGGAACAAUGGCUCCAGGAAGACAAGGACACCCCCAAGGUGCUUGUGUUUACUGAGAAAGGCUCCACGCCCGCGAUGGUGCGUGCCUUGGCCAUCGAUUUCAAAGGUCAAAUCAAGUUUGGCCAUAUCCGUGACACUGAAAAAGCCCUCGUGCGCCACUACAACAUCAAGAAGUUCCCCACCGUGCUUCUUCUCCCAGGAGGUGACCAGAAACCCAUUUAUCACACGGGAGAAUUGACAAAGAAAGCCAUCACCGAAUUCCUGUCCCAGGUGGCUUCUCCCAAUCCGAUUGAAUCACCAGCUGCUGCUGCUGCCGCCCCUGAAUUCAAGCCCGCUCAGGUCCCUGUUGAGGUGACCCCGAUCGCUACGCUGGCCACUGCUGAAGCUCUUGAGUCGGCGUGUCUUACUUCCUCGUCCGGCACCUGCAUUCUUGCCCUUCUCCCGGCUUCCAUUGAAGGCGAUGCGGAUCAGUCAGAUGCCACCAAGGAGGCCCUCGCCAGUCUGGCGGACGUCUCCCACAAGUACAAUUUGCGCCAAAGCAAACAUUUCCCAUACUACGCUGUUCCGGCCAUCAAUGCCGGCGCCAAGGCCCUACAAGAAGGCCUAGGCUUGUCGACAGAGGAGGCAGAGAUUCAAAUCAUUGCCCUGAACGGUCGUCGUGGCUGGUGGAGGAAGUACGAAGUCACGGGAUCUUCCCCGUACAAUGUCGCUGCCGUUGAGGCAUGGAUCGAUGCCAUCCGGCUGGGCGAGGGUUCAAAGGAGAAGCUGCCAGAGGAUAUCCUCGCUGCUGGAGCGGAGGACUCGCACGAUGAACUGUAA